AUGGAGGAUAUGCUUCGAGCAUGUGUCUUGGAUUUCAAGGGAGGUUGGGAUGAACAUUUGGCUUUGAUAGAAUUUGCCUACAACAACAGUUAUCACUCUAGUAUCGAUAUGGCACUGUAUGAAGCAUUGUAUGGAAUGACAUGUAGAUCACCUAUCUGUUGGGUUGAGGUAAGUGAUAAUAAAGUAAUGGGUACCGAUGUAGUUCAAAAGACUAUGGAGAUGGUUUCUAUCAUCGGAGAUAGAAUUCACACAGCACAGAGCCGUCAGAAAAGUUAUGCAGAUAAGAAACGACGGAGUGUGGAAUUUGAAUUUGGUGACCAUGUGUUUUUGAAAGUUUCACCAAUGAUGGGAGUGAUAAGAUUUGGUAAGAAGAAAGGAAAGUUAUCUCCCAGAUUUGUUGGACCUUUUGUAAUUCUAGAUAAGGUUGGUGAGUUGGCAUAUCGGUUGGCAUUACCUCCAAUGAUGUUAGGUGUCCAUAAUUUGUUUCACGUGUCAAUGUUAAGGAAGUAUGUGAAGGAUGCUUCACACGUAAUUGAUUACGGUACAGUUGAAGUCAAUGAAGAUGUAAUUUAUGUAGAGGCACCUCUACGCAUCUUGGACAGGAUGACUAAACAGCUUAGGACAACUCAAGUGGAUUUGGUCAAAGUGUUGUGGAGUCACAAUGACCAGGGUGAUGUUUCUUAG